GGGUCCUGUCCUGAGAACUCUUUCUCUCACCUGCUGAUGCUUGGCACGGCUUGGCCACUAUACCUAGCUAGGGAUCUGAGCAGCCGAGAUCUUCCCGGAACGGGUGCGUCUCCUAGCGCUUGCUCCCGGGGGGGAGCGCUUUCAUCGACGCACCCAGUUGCCGGAAGCGCAUGGCGGCGCCCACUGGGGGAGCGGUAUAGUUGAUGAACCCGUACGGUGGCGGUUUCCUUCCGCCAUAGCCAUGGCUGCCGGGAGAGCGGCUAGGACCAGGCUAAAUGGGCUCUUCGCUGUGUACAAACCCCCCGGGGUGGCUUCGAUCAGGGUGCGGGACACUCUGGAGACCCUGCUCCUGAAAGAAUUGAACUCUCUGGAACAGCCAACUGUGCCGCAGCAAGUACGCUUCCUGCCAACCACUGUCGAAGGAAAUGCUGGGAAAGAGCUGACCCUCACUGUUACCCAGUUGCCUGUCCUGGCUGCCCAUCCACUAGUUAAAGGACCAGAGUUCACUCACUUGAAAAUCGGAGCAGGUCACCGUCUGGAUACAAAGUCAUCUGGAGUGUUUGUGCUUGGAGUGGGCCAUGGGAACAAGCUGCUCACUGAUAUGUACAAUGCCCAUCUUACUAGGGUAUGCUCUGGCACUGAACCUGUUUGGGGACUUCUGUGUGUAACACCCAUUCUCACUAGAAAUCAAGGCCAGGCUUAUACUGUUCGUGGACUGUUUGGCAAAGCCACAGAUGACUUCUCAGACACAGGCAGGCUAAUAGAGAAGACCACAUUUGAUCAUAUCACAGGGGACAAGCUGGAGCGGAUUCUUGCUGUCAUUCAGGGAACCAAUCAUAAAGCUCUGCUGAUGUACUCUAACAUUGACCUGAAAACUCAAGAGGCCUACGAGCUGGCUGUUGAAGGUUUAAUUCGCCCAAUGGAAAAAACCCCUCCAUUAAUCACAGCAAUUCGAUGCCUCCAGUUUGCACCUCCAGAAUUCCAGCUAGAAAUCCAGUGUUUGCAUGAGACCCAGCAGUACCUCCGAAAGAUAGUUCACGAGAUUGGCUUGGAGCUGAAAUCAACUGCUGUGUGCACCCAGGUGCGGCGGAUACGGGAUGGCUUUUUCACACUAGACAAUGCUCUCCCGCGAACGCAUUGGAACCUGCAGAAUAUCCGGAAUUCAAUUAAAGACUCUAAGAUCAAAGUGAAAGUGGGGCUUCAGAGAAGCUUGAGCCACCAAGCUAGGAGUGGUAAAAGCCAUACCGAUAUGGAUCAGGUUGCAGAGAGCGAACUGCACAGUACAGAGGGAACAUCUGCAAGCGAUCUGACUCAAAAUGAGAUAACCACAUGCUGACUGAAAGGUGGAGGGUAAUAGGAAGGGAAAAUGGUGGUUGCAAUCCACAACUAGCCGUUCCUUGGGGUGGUCCUUGAUUUUGUAAGGGUUGCUUGUGUUUUCAUUCAUGCAAGGCAUUUCUCCAUUGACAGGCAGAAUAAUUUUUGUAAGUAUUGCACAACGCUGCAGCAAAACUGUUGAUAUCUGAGAUGAGUGUACAUUUCCUUGCAAAGCCAAAACUGCUACUGACUUCAGUGGGAACAUCAGGUUGGGGAGGGAUGUAAGAGGGCCCUUAAAUUAGUUUAGAGAUGGGAAUACGACCAAUGGGUUGCAGGCUUUACUUCUUCUAUUCUCUUUAUGCGCCUUGUGACAGAGUAUGACCUAAGUGGUUCUUUUCCCAAUUUCAUAAUUUUUUUUUUAUUAUGACACUUUCUAUAGAUCAGCCCCAUUUUCAAAUACAUUAAAGGGGUAAAGAUUAAUUGUUCAAACCAAGAAAGGGUUCUGCCUAGGGAAAACUACAAUGUAAGCAACUAAGACUAAAGUGGCGAAGUAAUACUAUUUCUCAUGCAGGGUAACUAAUAUCUGGAGUAGAUUAGUCAGAGAGCCAGUUGAAGCAGGAGGAGGGAGAGGCAGGCUUAUUAGAGAGGACUGGAGUAGGAUGUAAAAACAAGAAGUUGGAAUGGGGUGAAUUAAAAGCCAAGGUGGGGGAGGGAUAGCUCAGUGGUUUGAGCAUUGGCCUGCUAAACCCAGGGUUGUGAGUUCAAUCCUGGAGGGGGCCACUUAGGGACCUGGGGCAAAAUCAGUACUUGGUCCUGCUAGUGAAGGCAGGGGGCUGGACUUGAUGACCUUUCAAGGUCCCUUCCAGUUCUAGGAGAUGGGAUAUCUCCAUUAAUUAAGGUAAUAUAUUUUAUGGGGAAAGAUGCUGUUAUUCGAUACUCAAUUUAAGUCAACAGGGCCAAAAGCCCCUGCAUUUUGUUUGCAUGCAUCUAUAGUCCUCCAUCAUGUAUUUUUUCCUGCCCUUCAGCAAAAUUGUAUGUUAUCUUUAAAGAGAAACAGCAAGGGAGUACAGCUUUAGAAUUCACUGAGAUUCCAUUAGUGCUCAUUUAAAGCUACAAAUGAUUUUUUUACAUAAACCAUGAGGUACAUUAGCAAUCAGCUAAUGUAUUUCUAAAAUAUGUAGGGCUCAAAGUGUGAUGCUAAGAUGUACUAAAGGAUUGCAAUCUAA